AUGAAGAUACAGUGCAACGUGUGUGAGGCGGCGGAGGCGAACGUACUGUGCUGCGCCGACGAGGCAGCUUUGUGUUGGGGCUGCGAUGAGAAGGUUCACGCUGCUAAUAAGUUAGCCAGUAAACACCAGAGGGUUCCUUUGUCUACUUCUUCUCCCCACAUGCCCAAAUGCGAUAUUUGUCAGGAAGCGAUUGGCUUUUUCUUUUGUUUAGAAGAUCGAGCUUUACUCUGCAGAAAAUGUGAUGUUGCUAUUCAUACAGCAAAUGCCCAUGUGGCUGCCCAUCAGAGGUUUCUUCUAACUGGAGUACAAGUAGGUCUAGAACCAACUGACCCUGGUGCAUCUUCUUCGGAGAAGUCGCCGAAUGAUGGAAAGACUUCAGAAACAAAAGUUCAACCCCUUACAAGAAAAGGAACUCCAAUGCCACUGGCUAAUUUGCACAAUCAGGCUUUGCCUACGCAGGUUGGGGCAAGUGAGAAGAUCGGACCUGCAAAGAAUUCUUAUUCUGGAGGUUCUGUAGCUGGAGGCAUGCCAAAUUGGCAGAUAGAUGAAUUUCUUGGAUUCUCUGAUUUUAGUCAGAAUUAUGGCUAUAUUGACAAUGGAUCGUCUAAGGCUGAUAGUGGCAAACGCAGCGACUCUGAUAGCUUUGCAAUUUUACGAUCUGCUGACGAAGAAGUUGAUGAUGAUGAAUGUCUGGGUCGGGUUCCAGACAGUUCCUGGGCAGUGCCACAGAUUCCUUCUCCUCCGACUACUUCCGGGCUUUAUUGGCCAAAGCGCAGUCAUAUUCAGUCUGAUGGUUCUGAUUUUGUUCCUGAUGUAUGUUGCCCAACUAUGCAAAACCGUUACCAUUCUCAUCAGACUGGCAGUAUAACAAAACGGCGGCGGCAGCAGCUUUAAAGAUACUUUUAAAGCUUGAUUUUUGUAUGUCUGUUAAAUCACAUUUGAUGUAAUCCUGUAUGCAAUUCUUUCUAAAUUGACCCCUAUUGCUCAUAGUAUGAAUUGGCUUGCUGUUUCUA